AUGUUGCUUGGAACUGCUAUAGCUACAAUGUCAUGCGAAAUGCGAGAAGCAGUUAUUGUAGCCGACUUUUUCGAGCAAAUUCAAUUUUCCGAUUUUGCCAGACAAGUUUUAUUUUCCAACAAUUGUGAUCAUGUUAUUAAUAAUCCUUUGAUUAUACAACAUCAACAAAAACAACAACAAAGUGCAAUUACAAACAUUCCAAAUUAUAACCUCAAUCAAAAUUCACUAGCUUCUUUAACAAACAAUCAUCCUCAUCAAAAACAACAACAACAACCACCAAAUUCUUCUACAAUUCCUCCCCAAGCUCAAUCGCUACUUGUUGCUGCAACUCCACAAACAUCAUUAAAUGGUAUGUUGCUAAGUGGAAAUACUCCUGCUACUGCUGUUAAUAAUAAUAAUACACCAAUGAAUGUUUUGAAUGGAUUAAGUAAUUAUUUUGCUAAUGGAAUACAGCAACAACAACAUCAACAAAGUUUACAACAAACACAACAACAACAACCACAAACAUCUCUUCCAUUACAACAACAAACACAAACAGUCUUUCCUUUACCACAAUUACAACAACAAAUAAUAGAACAAACACAAAAACAAAGUUUCCAACAACAUCAAAGACAACAACUACAAAUGACUACUAAUAAUUUUGUUCAAAUGCAACAACAACAACAAAUUUAUUUUUCACAACAACAACAAAACACUCCAAUACAAUUUAUUAACAACAAUUCUUUCCCAACAUCUAUAAAUCCAACAACACUUCAGCAACAACAACAUUUUAGACAAAUACAAUUACAACAACAAUUACAUCAACAACAACAUUUUAAUCAACCAACAAUCGUCCCAUACCCAACUCAACAACAUCCACAGCCUUCACCUCAUCAACAACAACAACCAAACACUCCCCAGCUUUCCCAACCAACUUCUUUGCGUCAACCAACCCCUCAUAGUCAAACUAAUCCCGUCCGAACCCCUCAAAAUAGUGUUGUAUCCCCUGCAAGACCAAUCUCUCGUCAUCCAACACCUCAACAACUUGCUGGGACAAAUUGGCAACAAGCACAACUUGUACAAAAUCAAAACAAUAGUGUGCCCCCUCAAACACAGUUUGACCAGGCGUAUAUUUAUCAAACUAAAUUACUCGAUGCUUCUCCCCUCCAAAAGGAUCAGCAACCAUUUACGCCCACAUUUUUCUCUGGACCAAAUUCAGAUAAUUCCACAGGACAGUCACACCCAGCAAGUGCUCAGUCAGAAGAUUCGUCUCCUCCAAGCAUCGUUAAUAUUCAAUGA